AUGGCUCAUAAGUCGGUAGAGAUAGUCCAGAUUAAUCUGCAUCACAGUAAAAGCGCCUCAGCAGUUCUCUGCAAGACGCUAGCUAGGGUGCAGACAGCCAUAGCCCUAAUUCAAGAACGAUGGUUCGUGAACGGGGCGGUAAAGGGCCUGGGGGGGUGUGGAAAAAUUUUUCACUCGAACACCCAAGGAAAGAAGAUUAGGAAUUGUGUGUUAGUAAAAGGCGCACAAGCAACUUUCUUACACCAACAAAGCGGAGAGGACCUCACGGCUGUGAAGCUCAAGGUCCUCACCGAGAAGAACGAGGCGCUGGUAUUCAUAGCGGGAUCAGCAUACCUGCCAUAUGAUUCCAUGGAACCUCCCCCAACAAGGGAGGUCGAAGAACUCGUCAAAAAAGUGAAGGACGAAAGGCUGGAACUUCUGCUUAGGUGCGAUGCGAACUCACACCAUCUGGGGUGGGGAAGCUCAAAUACCAAUGCUAGAGGAGAAGCCCUAAAUGACUUCAUUAUGGAGAAAGACCUCCAAAUCCUGCACAGAGGGAAAGAACCAACCUUCAUGGACUGCAGAAGACAUGAAGUGUUGGACAUAACCAUCUGCACGGCAGGCAUGGCACGUUGGGUAAAAGACUGGAGGGUGUCGAAAGAACCUUCGGGCUCAGACCACAGCCAAAUACGCCUGUCAUUAACGUGCGAAUCGGAACAGAUCCCUUGGAGAAACCCAAAGGACACAAACUGUGAAAGUUACAGAGAGGAACUCUUCGUGAGGAUCCAAGAUGUACCCUCAAGAUUCAGAAACAAGAGAGACCUGGAACAUGCAGCCGAACGUCUCGGAGAAGUGAUCAGGGACUCCUAUGAAAACAACUGCAACAUUAAAAGACCGCGGAAUACAAAAAUGGUGGGCUGGUGGAAUAACCAACUGUCCAUUUUAAGAUGCCAGCUAAGGAAACCGUGGAACAAGGUAAAGACCGCGUACGCGGAAAACAGCAGGCAGAAGGCCCUCGAAGAUCGCAGAGGUCUUCAGAGGAAAUGCAAAAAGGCACUCGUAAUAGCCAAAAACGAGGGCUGGAAGAAAUUUAGCAGUGGGGUGGUGAGCCAAUCUGAAGCCUCAAGGCUGGUAAAGAUCCUGGGAGGACAGGGCGCCUCUAAUCUGGGCUGUCUCAUCAAACCGGAUGGAAGCUAUACCUGGACCACUGAAGAAACUCUCCAACUGCUGCUAGAAGAGCACUUCCCGGGGUUCACGAACUCGGGGGAUAUGGAACAAGGAACAGAAACCUGUAAAGGCACCUACAAGCCGCAGGAAUGGGCCUUGGCAGCUAAGAUAGUCAACCCGCAAGGG